GCCCCAAGGCGCCAUCCAGGAGAGUGAUGAAGCUUGAUGAGCCUGGUGCGACAGUGGAUAUGGGCCCGAUAACGGUCCGCUGGCCUAGUGGUCGUCGUAUUCCCCCCUCUCCUGUAGUACCUCCAGUCCUGGUAUAUCUUCUGCUGCAUUGCCUGCUCGGCAGCCCCCGAUGCCAGGUACUUGGCUCUCCUUAGCUCUCGUGUUUCUUGGUCCCGUGCGUAAUUGAUCCAUUGUCUGAGCGUUGCUUGAUGAGCUGGUGAGCCGACCAGAGAAGAGCAGAGAAGAGAAGAGAGAGCAUCAUGGCCACUCCCCGCACCGCGAGCGUGUCUGUCCAGAAGAGUAGGGUGCGUGGCACUGGCUCGUUGAGUCCGGCCUGUGAUGAAUGUCGCAUCCGCAAGGUGCGCUGCAAUAAGGAAUAUCCCAAAUGCUCGAGUUGUCGAGCCUCCAACCUGCCCUGUGAAUUCUCCAACAAGGGCAAGCGCAUCAACCAUACCAAGAAGCUAGUCAACGACGUGGAGCUACUUGGCAGCCGUCUAGGCAAAAUCGAAGAGGCCCUCUUUCGUUGUCUGUCCGUGGUUGAAGCUGCCAACACCCCUCGGUAUGGCUCUCCCACCCAACCCCCGUCCCGGCCUGACUCGGAUGGCCGGGAGGACCGAGAUGACUCUCGCCGGAGCUCGGUGGACUCGGAUGACAGCUGGUCCGACGGCUCUGCGGAUCCCUUUUCCCAAGCCGAUCGGGAUUCCGGCAUUGAGUUGUCCGACUGUGGCAGUCCCUUGGCAUCGCUCUACUCCGAGGCGCAGGCCGUGGGGGACCAACUGAUGGCCGCCAUGGGCAUGGAUGAUGACCAGGGGGCGUCGAGUCCACGCGGGCGUGAGGCUCAAGGGUCUCCGGAUGACUCGCUUCGCGCUCAUCUGUCAGAUGCAUGCGGACUCUUCCAAGAGCUGGCCACGGGUCCGCCUCCUGUGUCGGAACCCAAGUAUGAUGACCUUCCACCGGCGUUGCCCCCUCGGACCCUGCUGGAAGGCUUCGUGGAUGCGUACUUUGUCGAGCUGAACCCCUUCCUCCCCAUCUAUGACCGACAGAGUGUGAUGGAUGCCAUCGACCAGCAGUAUGGGGGCCACAGCGAAGCCCCGGAUCUAGCCUGGGUCUGUUCCUUCAAUAGCAUCCUCCUGCACACCCUCGAGGCCAAGUCCAGCGCCGCGCGACCCGCCGGUCAAAUGGGCGACAGCACGUUGGAACGCGGACUGGUCGUACAUCUGCUGCUGAAUGCGCGCCGUUGUUACAACAACUUUGAGCGGCUGCUUCAACCGCGGGUGGCCAAUGUUCAAAGUCUCCUGAGCAUGGCACUGGUGGCACUCAAAUACUUCAGCUUCACCAUGUUCGAGACGGUGUUCGCUCAGGCGUGCCAGCUGGCCCGGACGAUAGGGCUCCACCAGAUUGCCCCGGGCAUUCCGCAAGAGACCGAGCGGCGGCACCUAUUUUGGUCCCUGUUCAUCAUUGACAAACAUGCUGCUCUAGUGGCCGGCAAGCCCUGUCUGCUGCCUUCGUAUGGCUGUGCCAUUCCGCUGCCCGUGUCCCGAUCCGGCUCUCUCACCGAGGACCAGUUCACGGCUCGGAUUUCGCUGGCCGCCAUCCUCGAGGAGAUGUAUCGUCGUCUGCACUCUGCCCGCGGGGCGCGACGAGGCCGGGACCAGCUCAGUCGACGUGCCAGCCAGGUUGCCCGACGUGUAGAAGAGUGGGCAGUGCAAUACGAACAUGCCCUCUGCCCAUCCGGCACCCCCGAGCCCUCGCAGGUGCUGGCAGCCACCGAGCUGCAGUAUGCGCUGUAUAUCUGCCGGGUGCUGGCGCAGCGACGCAUCAGCUCAACAGACAGUCGUGCCAAACGGCGCGAAUAUGCUCGUGCCGGGCUGCGCCUGCUGCAAGAACUGUGUGAUGGCGAUCAGACCGGGGGACGUCGUGCCGGAUACGCCAUGUUUGCCAGCGUCAGCCUGAACUACUCGCUCAUCCUGUUCCUCGAGGUGUACAUGCAAGUGUUGCAGGAUCAUCCGCGGGAGGAACCGUCGGACGUGGCGCUGCUGUCAUCCUUUGCGGCGCGCGCGGAUGCCCUAGCAGCCCAGACCACCGCAACGUCAUACACGGCGCGCGUGCGCGAGGUCAGUGCUCUGUGCUGCCAGAUCGUCACCCGGCUCCACGCGCCUCCAGGGCCCGAGACCAAGUCCUUUGCCCUGGGUCCUGGGGUCUUUGCCGACCCCGGCCAUGUCAUGUUUGACUCCCUGCUGGACUCGUUUGCCGGCACCGACACUGCAUUAGGGCUGAUGCAGUGAUCGAGACUGGCCUUCUUGCCGGGGAUUUCAUCGGAGCUUUUACGAAGUUACGCUAAUAUGUCUGUUUCUAGCAUGGGAUUGAUUCUUCCGGGCGCUCCGCAUAGCAGGCUGGGUUGGCACACUGCUUGGAUUCCAUUUCAGUUGUUGUAUCGUGAUAGAUAGAUAGAUAGUUAUGAUAGACCUUUAACACAAUGAACAUAU